UUUAAUUUAUUUAAUAUAUUUAAUAUCGCAAUAUAGAUAUUAUAUCUUAUAGUCUUUAACUAUUGUCAUUGAUAGUAAAACCAAUUUUAUAUUUUUUCUUAAAAAACCCCCUAACAUGAGUGCAAAAUAUAUAAAGAAUUUAGAGCUACUACAGAAUAAAUCCAAUUUGAAAAAUAUCAAUAUUAAGAAAUUCAAACCAUCCAUAUUAAUUCUGAAAUUUGCAGUAGUGAUUUAUAAUAUCAUAUUUAAUACCCUAGAUGUUAUUUUGCAUCAAGUUCUCCUCCGUGGGAAAUUAUCCAGAACCAUUCCUUAUUCGUUUGGUUGUUUAAUAUUAGAUGCUUGCAUAAUUUGGAUAUUAAUAUCAGAGAGGAUAAAUGAAAAGAGGGAAAUUGCAAACAAAAAAUGGACCAAGUAUAUGAGGUUUAUAAAAUACUUUAGAUAUCUUGUGUGGACUUUUCUUUUUAUAAUUAUAAUCUUGAAAGUUGUCAUAUUAGCAUCUGGUAAGAGUAUUCAUCAAUUAAAAAUAAAUGAAAGUAAAAAGUCUGCUUAUGUUAUAGUCUUUGUAAUAUGUACAGUUAUCGACAUUGCAUUAUUAUCCUUUUGGUGGGAAGAAAAAUUGAAAUCAGUGUAUGCUUUAUUUACUGGAAUUCAAUUAGUUCAAAUACUCUUUGCAAUUGCUAUAAUACAAAUUAAUCUAAAUUUGAUAAAUGUGUAUCCAGGUUCAUCAAUUAAGAGAGUACACAAUCUUUAUAUUUUUACUUCAUGUUUCUGUAUUAGUCAAGCGGUAUAUGGUGCUAUUUUAGGAGGAGUUUUAAAUGAAGAAAAUAGAUUAAAUGAAUUAAUGGGUAAAAUGCUAACAUUAUCUAACAUCUUUCAAGGUUUAUUAUUGACUCUUGUUACUAUAUGUUUUAUAACCAUGCUUUGUUUCUCAAACAGUCUCCUCAAUAGUUAUGGUGAUAUUCCUGCAAGUUUACCUAUUAUAUAUGGUUGUGUUAUAAUUUUAGGACUUAUGUCAUUAGCUUGUACAAGAUAUUUUAGAAGAAGGAAACCAAUCACGGAUUUAGUGGUGGAAGAAUAUGACUUACUGGCAUUGACACCUCAACAAAAAGCAGGCUGGUCAAAAUUAAUAAAUCUUAAUUACAGAUACAAUAGUGGAAUUAGUGGUGAAGCUAUAAUAUCUUUAAUGGAAAAUUAUUCCAAUAAUUCAACUAUAGAUGGAGUUAGAUUCAAAAUAUUGAGAGUAUUUAAGAGUUGUAAUCUGGGAGAAGAAAUAAAUUCAGAGAAAGAAGGAGCAGAAAUGGAUAAUAAUAACAAUAAUAACAACAACAACAAUAAGAAUAAUAAAAAGAAUGCUAAUGCUGAUCUUGAAAAGAAUCCAUCAAUUCCUGAACCAAAAUCUCUAAGAAAGAGUUAUGAUAACACUGCUGUGUCCAAAGCUUGGGAAUCAUUCGAUAAGGAAUCAGUUGUUUUUUCUCAUACUGUAGAGACAUCUAGUUCUUCAGAACAAAGUUUAGAUGAAUUCAAACCUUUAUCUAAAAAUCAAUUAAAGAGAUUAGCUAAAAAGAAAUCGAAACAACAAAAGAUGGAAGAUAUCGAAGAGUUACAAAAGAACCUGGUAAAAUUCUAUAAUGACUUGAAAUGCACGGAAGCUUUAACAUUGUUGACAAUAAUAGAUUCAUUUGAUUUAGCAGAAAGAAUUCCUGGUAAAAUUGGUGAAUAUUUAUCAAAAUGGUUUGGCAGGAACUCUAAAUAUCCUAUAUUAUGCAUAAAGUUUGGAUUGCUUGGAUUCCAUUGGCCAUUCAAAAGAUCAACAGUUUAUUGUAGUUCAACCAGAAAACCUGUUGCUAGAAGUGCUGCAGUUAUGUAUUCCAUUAAUGAAUGGAAUAAAACCAAUGAAAAGUGUACUGUGCUAUUAGACCCAACAUAUAAAGAUGACUUUUCUGAACCCGGUAUUGGCUUGAGUGGAUGGUAUAAAAUCAACUUACCUAAUUCACAUGUUAUUGAUUUAAGACCAUAUAUGAAUAAAACCAUUGAUCAAUAUUAUAAAGCUGUUAAAUACAGAAAUCAUGAUAAUGUAUUCCGUGAAGAGCAUGGUGAAGUUGUUGAAACAUUUGAAUUUAAUGAAUCAAAUUGUGAAGAAGUAAUUACAUUAAAUCAAUUUAUUUCACAAUCAAGAACUAGUACUGGCCAAUCAGAUACUUUAAUAAAACCACAUUGGAAAUUUGUAUCACACUUGGGAAAUUUCUCAAAUGAAAAUAAAUAUAGAUCAAUUGUAUUUCUUAAAGUCAAUGGUCAAUUAGUUGCUUCUUGUGUUAUAUUCAGAUUAGGUGAUACAAUUACUUCUGAUAUUCAAGGAUUAAAUCAUGAGGUAAGUAAAAAAUAUAGAGCUUAUUUUGUAAUGAUGCAAGAAGUUAUAAAAAUAGCACUAAGAGAAAAGGUUUCAUUUGUGGAUUUUGGUCCAACUACAGAGAAUGCAAAAGUUGAUAUUGGCUGCAAAGUCGUUCCUUUGGUUGGAUCAUUAUCGGCAAGAAAUCCUGUUUUAUCUCCGAUUAUUAGACUAGCUGCAGCUAAUGUAAGUGUAUAAUACAAAUUUCAUUCUGGAUAUAUCCAGUCCCAUAUAGAAAGAUAUAUAUAUAUAUAUAUAUAUAUAAAUAUUUAUAAGUAAAUAAAUUAUUUGAAGUCAAG